CUUUGUUAUUGUUCUUUGACAUUUCUAUUUUUUAUCGUUCAAUUUAAAAGUUAAAUCAACAAUAUUAACAGCUUAAAUAAUGAAUAAAUUUCAGAUUGUUAGGGGCCAAUUCUCGUUUAUUUAUAUUUAAAUUAAAAUGAUAAAGACAGCGUUCAAGUUGAAUUAGUUAAUGCUCUUGCGCGAAGUGAACAAUCAGUAAAUUUUACUCGAUAUUUUAGUUAUUUUUUAAUGUUUAUUUUAAACUGAAAUUGUACCUUUUUAUUGUGAUACUAAUAUUAAAAUGAUGCAAUUCAAAACGUUCUUGUCUAAAUCGCCCAGCAUGCAGACGAUAAGAUUAAUUCAAACAGGUAUUAAAAGUGCCCCAGGGCAGUAUGAAAAGGCUUAUAUCAAUGGACAAUGGUCUUCAGCAAUUAGUGGGGAAACCUUUGAUGUAUUUAACCCGGCAAAUGGACAAGUUGUUGGAAAGGUACCAGAUAUGAAUACUGACGAUACACUUGUUGCUAUAAACUCUGCAUUCAAAGCUUUCCAAUCAUGGAAAAAUACCACCGCCAAAGAGCGUUCUCAAAUUUUACGACGCUGGUAUAAUUUACUGGUAGAAAACCAGAAUAAAAUUGCUGAAAUCAUGACAGCCGAAUCGGGAAAACCCCUUAUUGAAUCAAACGGUGAAGUCACCUAUGGAAAUUCAUUUGUAGAAUGGUUUUCUGAAUUAGCUCGUCAAAUUCGAGGAGAUAUCAUUCCAAGUUCAUUUCCCUCUAAAAAAAUACUGGUCCACCAUCAACCAAUUGGAGUGGUCGGUCUUAUUACCCCUUGGAAUUUUCCCCAUGCAAUGAUAGCCCGUAAAGCUGCUGCCGCUUUAUCUGUUGGAUGCACUGUGGUGAUCAAACCUGCCGAAGACACACCUUUAACUGGAAUUGAAUUAGUCAAAUACGCAGAAGAAGCAGGCUUCCCACCUGGCGUUGUUAAUAUUGUAACAAGCAGCAGAGAAAAUGCGCCAGAUGUCGGAAGAUUGUUAUGUGAAAACCAUUUAGUGGCAGGAAUUUCAUUUACUGGCUCGACUACUGUAGGUAGAAUCCUAUACAAACAGUGUGCUUACGGAAUUAAAAGACUGGGUCUGGAAUUAGGUGGGAAUGCACCAUUUAUUGUUUUCAAAUCUGCCAAACUUGAUACCGCUGUGAGUUCAGCUUUAGUAUCAAAGUUUAGGAAUUGUGGUCAGACAUGUGUGGCAGCAAAUAGAUUCUUAAUUCAAGAGGAUGUAUUUGAUGAUUUUGUUGAGAAAUUAGUUGAGAGAGUUAAAUUGUUAAAAAUGGGAAAUGGAAGUGAUACUGGAGUUCAACUGGGACCACUUAUAAAUCAACCACAGCUUGACAAAGUAACUAAUUUUGUUAACGAUGCUGUAAGCAAGGGAGCUAAAAUUAUUACAGGAGGCAGACCAGCUACACAUUUGGGAAACCUGUUCUAUGAGCCUACAAUUCUCACAGGUAUCACACCUGACAUGAUUGUUUACAAUGAAGAAAUCUUUGGCCCUGUCAUCUGUUUAACAAAAUUCAAAACCGAAGAGGAAGCUCUACAAAUAUCAAACUGCUGCGAUGUUGGACUUGCAGGAUAUUUCUUCUCUGAAGAUAUCUCACAAAUCUUUAGAGUGAGCAAAAAUAUGGAAGUGGGGAUGGUCGGUGUGAACGAAGGUCUGAUUUCUUGCUCUGAAGCACCCUUUGGAGGGGUGAAGCAAUCAGGGUUGGGUAGGGAAGGGUCACAUUUAGGGGUUGAAGAUUAUACUUAUGUUAAGUAUACUUGCAUUGGUAAUUUAUCCUAAAUAUUUAGGUAUUCUAUCUAUAUGAAUUGGAUUUUGAUUCAAUUUUUUUUAUUUUUAAAUCCAUUGUAUCUAAUAUAAUGGAAACUAUUUGUAUUUUUGAUGUUAUGAAUAUAAUCUAAGUAAACAUAAGCUAUAUUGAAUUAAAUUUAAAAUUAAGGAAAUAUUUGUCUUCCAUCAAGUCUUCCAAAAAAUAAUAAAAUUUUAUGGGCAAUACGUAUGUUAUACCAGUUAACUUUUAGCAAUAAGUAUAUAACAAUAUUUCUGAAUAAAAAUUUAUGUAAAUGACUAGUCUAAUAAAAAUUAAGUUCAAAUAAAUGUUAAAUGUACAUAUCA